AUGAAAAUCCAUUAUAUUAAUAUAUUAUUGUUUGCUCUUCCAUUAAAUAUAUUGAUAUAUAAUCAAAGGAACCAUAACAGCACCACACAUCAUACAUUAAAAAUACCAAUCACUAGAUUAUUAUGCGAAUGCGAAUUAUAUUCACCUUCCAACUAUGACAAUGACCCACAAUUGAAAAAAAUAAUGGAAAAUUUCAAUAAACAGACACAACAAAGAUUUGAAGAAUACGAUGAAAGGAUGAAAACUACACGCCAAAAAUGUAAAGAUAAAUGCGAUAAAGAAAUACAAAAAAUUAUAUUAAAAGAUAAAUUGGAAAAAGAAUUAAUGGACAAAUUUGCCACAUUACAAACUGAUAUACAAAGUGACGACAUUCCGACAUGUGUUUGCGAAAAGUCGUUAGCAGAUAAAGUGGAAAAAAAUUGUAUGAAAUGUACACAAAAUUUGGGAGGUAUUGUUGCACCCUCUUCAGGAGUAUUAGCAGGAAUUGCUGAACUUGGGCUAAAUGCAUGGAAAACUACAGAAAUUACGGCCGCUAUUGCAGCUGCCGAACAAGCAGGUGCAGCUAAGGGUUUGGCUGCAGGUGCUGCUAAGGGUGUGGCUGAAGUAAUUGCACAAGUAGAAUCACAAUUUCAUUUAUCAACUAUAGGUGUUAAUGAAUUGGGGUCAGUUAUUAAUGUAACAAAUUAUAAUAAUUCCCAAUUUAUUUUCAAAGCUAUUUUUACAAAAUAUCGAGGGUCCUGUCUUCCUUCUCCCCCUGAUCGUUUGACUGUUGCUGCCGGUGAAGAGACUUUUUGCCGUACUGUUAAUGCAUUAGGUUUUACUCGAAGGAAUGUUUUUGACCCAAGUUUAUUACAAGAUUCUAUAAAAUCAGUUGGAAACCAAAUUGUAACAAAAGCUGAAACUGCCGCUUCUACUGAAACUGCCAAAGUUACUGCUUCUGAAACAGCAACUCUUAAAGCAGCAAAGGUGGGUGAAGUAAACGCUACAUAUAUGGGUUACCAAACUCCUAUUAUUGUUUCCAUUGCUGCAAUUGUAGUUAUAGUUUUGGUUAUGGUAAUUAUUUAUUUAAUUUUACGUUAUAGACGAAAAAAAAAAAUGAAGAAAAAACUCCAAUAUAUAAAAUUGUUAAAAGAAUAG